AACCUGGCAACCCACCGCCCUCUGUUAGAUGCAGUCCAUCGGCUAGUCACACGAAGAUUUAAUGUUUGUUGUUUUCUCAAAGCGUGGAUUUCAUUCUGCUCUGCUAGUUUACUGUGGGUUUGACAGACAGGGCAGGAAGACUCGGACUUGGCCUGGCUGCACAACUCAGCUAUCUGAAUGCUAGCCAGUUGGUCAGUUUGUCGGCAUUAAUUUGGUUUUGGCCCUGUGGUUGUUUGAGCUAGCUGCAUAAGCUAGCCGUGUAAUCCUGCUGUACUAGCAUACCGACUAGUGGUGGGGGUUUCCAAGGCAGCUCUCUUGGAUCCUUAUUACAAUAGCACGAUGGACAAAGCGGAUUUCCUGAAAGGUCUUCCUGUCUACAACAAGACCAACUUCAGUAGAUUCCACGCAGACUCUGUGUGCAAAGCAUCGAAUAGAAGACCAUCAGUUUAUCUGCCAACACGAGAAUAUCCAUCAGAGCAGAUUAUUGUCACAGAGAAAACAAACAUUCUUUUGCGCUACCUCCACCAGCAGUGGGACAAAAAGAACGCAGCCAAGAAGCGGGAACGGGAGCAAGAGCAGGGUGAAGGAGGCAGUCCUGCACCUUCACGCAAAAUUGCGCGGACCGACAGUCAGGAAAUGAAUGAAGACUCCUAAACUGGAUUGUUACCAAACAGCACAGGGACAGGCACAAAAGUGACAGCCUUUUCAGAAUAAUACAUGGUCUACAUUUCUUGUAGACACCUGCACAUGAGACUGGCUUUAAAAAUGAAAGAGAAAAGUGAGACCUUUUUAUGGUGUGGGUUUUUUUGUUUGUUUGUUUGUUUUUUUUUUUUUUGUUUUUUUAAUUCAGCGCUUCCUGUCAAACUGUCCCAUUGUGCAUCCUUGCAGUUUGGUGAUAAACACUUAGGGUCGCUAUUAGCUUCCACUGCCAGAAUCUGUGGACCUGGUGCACUGAAAUUUGCUCAGGUAGGGUAGGGAGACUUGAGUGCUGGCACUAAGAUACAUCAGUCUUCAACAUGCAGGAAUUUGGCAGUGUGGCAAACUUAGACUGCAUCACACAAUGUUGUGCGUGGAUGUGUGUGCAAAUUUUAAGUCCAGUUUAAGAAUCAUUCCCACUAGCUCAGCUGUGGAUUUUUUUUUUUUCUGUACUGACAGGCAAGUCAGUUAAUAGACAUGUGAAAAUGAAACUUUUUUUUUUUGAUAAAUUUAGAUGUAGGAGUACUGGUGUAAGUGAUGUGGUAUCUUCCUAGCGUGUGCCUAAUUGUGCAUGAAUGCACUGUUAAGAGUUUGAUCUUUCACAUUGAUCAUGUCUUGGAAAUUGUUCCAGUGGUACUGUCUCGGAUAAGUUAAACAUUACUCACUUACCAAAGAUUCAACCAACUGUAGUUCUAUUCUUGAAGGUGUAAAUGGUGGUGAGGCCAAACAUUUAAUGCUGUCCAUCCGAUUAGGCCCUUUGUAGAUUCUGAGACAGAUGGAUUUUCCAUCCAGUGUUCCACUGAAAAUAUGAUUGAAAGCCCUAUGUGCUUGACCAGUUCAGGUAUUUUUCCCUGCACAUGAUGGUUUUACUUAGAUAAUGGUAAAGAUGGUUUGUUAUAUGUUGGAGUUCAGUGCCAUGCUUUGGUUCUACGCUUGGUCUUCAAGCACUAAUCAGAGCUACAGUACCUUUUAUCUGCUCGAAUAAACAUGAAUGAAAAAACA